UGUGGCAAUAGAAGUGCAGCUAUUAGUAGUAUAAACCUUAUCACCUACUCUAUCUAUCUUCCUCUCUCAAUACCAAAUCCCUCUCUUUGUUCUCUCCACAGAGAACUUCUUAUCUUAUACUUCUAUUCUUUUACUGUUAGAGAAGCGGAGUUGUUGUUGUUGUUGUUUUUAACGCCCAUGGAUUCUGAAAAAGCGCCUCCUGUUGUCUCUUCUCCAGGUUCUUCUUCUUCUCCUCCUAUCAACAAUUCUUCUUCUUCUCCUGAUAUUCAAAAUGUCUCCAAUAUUAAUCUGGAUGAAAACACUGAUUCCCAAACUAAUAGUAACAAUAAUAGUGAUAGAACAAUUGUGAGUGGUCAGCAAGAAAAGCCAGUUCUUGCUGACCCAGAUGAGGGAACCCUAGAAAAAUCAAGAAUAGGUGAACAACAGUUAGAUAAGCCUGUUUCUGAGGUUUCUAUGAAUGAGGGUGUUGAAAAAGAUGAUAAAGCUGAGGUUUUGGGGGGGAAAGGGAGUGAAGGGGUUAUGUUGAAUGAGGAUUCUGGUGGGGUUGGGAAUAGUUUACCUGAUUCUACUGAUGCCACUGAAACUCCGGGCACGGGAAUCGAGGGAAAUACUGAAGAAUUCGACUCAGUUGACAAGUCGAAUGCUUCGAUUGACCAGGUGAAAGAUAGUGGUGGUGAGGUUGCAGUAGGUACAGAGUUGAAAGAGGGUGAGGUGGGGUCCACUCAAGAUGAGGUGAAGGGAACUGUGGAUAAUGAAAAGAUAGAAUUGAAAGAGGGUGAGGAUAGGUCUGCUAAGGAGGAGGUGAAGGAAACUGUUGUGGAGAGUGAAAAGAAUGAAACUUCAACGGUGGAGGAAACAGUUGCUUCAUCUAAUUUGAAGGAGGCUGAGGAACCUACCUCGGUCGUUGAGGAGAGUCCUAUUGCUUCCUCUAAUUUGAAGGAGGCUCAGGAACCUACCCCGGUCGUUGAGGAGAGUGCUAUUGCUUCCUCUAAUCUGAAGGAGGCUGAGGAGCCUACCUCGGUCACUGAAGAGAGUGCUAUUGCUUCGUCAGAUUUGAAGGAGGCCAAGGAACCUACUUCGGUCACUGAAGAAAGUGCUGUUGCUUCAUCUGAUGUGAAGGAGGCCGAGGAACCUACCCCGGUCAUUGAAGAGAGUGCUACUGCUUCAUCUGAUGUGAAGGAGGCUGAGGAACCUACCCUGGUCAUUGAAGAGAGUGCUAUUGCUUCAUCUGAUGUGAAGGAGGGCGGGGAACCUACCUCAGUUGUUGAAGAGAGUGCUAUACCUAGUGAUGAUGCCGAAAAACCCAAUAAGACGGUAGUUGAACCGUCAGAGUCUUUGUUGGUUGAUGAUGCAGAUGGUGAGAAAUUUACUUCGGAAGGAGAUGCAGUUGUGGAUGCUAUUGAAGGCGACGUCGCAGGGCCUGGGGUUGCUGUUGUUGGAGAUGCAGAAGAGAGCAAGAAAGUGGAAGAACCUGUUCAAAGUACUACUGAUGAGAAUGCAACUUCAGUAAAGGAUGUUGGUGAGACCACACAACUUAUUGAAGAAGCGGCUAAUAUGACUGUUGAUGAAGAAGCAGAUAUACAAAACUCUAAGCCUGCGGUGGAUGAUAAUGUUGCAGCUGCAGAAUCAAAGCCUGUGACAGAUAACAUUGUUGAUGCUGGAAGUGAUGGAAAACUAGAUUCUGGAGACGUCAAGACUGGUGAUGUGGUAGCUGCUCCCGAGGAAAUCAAAGAAGCAGUUCCUGAUGCUGGUAGUAAAAAGCUGGAUGUGAAGGAUGCUGAAGUGGAACCUCAGCAGGCAGUGUCCAAAACUAUUUAUGCCAAUGGUGACCAUUCUGGAGAAAGCAUUGAGGGAGAUGUAGUGGAAGCUGAAGUCUCUGGUCAAUCAUCUGCCAUAUCAAGGGCAAUCACUGGCUCAGAGCAAGAUGGAAAAGCUAAAGAUCAAAUAGAUGAAGAAGCUUACCAUGAAGGAGGCGCUAUUUUAGAUGAAGAGACGGAUGGUAUGGUUUUUGGAAGCUCUGAAGCUGCCAGAAAGUUUAUUGAGGAACUGGAAAGGGAAUCUGGUGGUGGCUCCUUUGCUGGUGCUGAGGCUUCGCAGGAAAUGGAUGGUCAGAUUGUCACUGACUCAGAGGAGGAGGUUGAUACUGAUGAAGAAGGAGAUGGGAAGGAGUUGUUCGAUUCAGCUGCCUUAGCUGCCCUUUUAAAAGCAGCAACAGGUGGUGAUUCUGAUGGUGGCAGCAUCACAAUCUCGUCUCAAGAUGGAUCAAGACUCUUCUCUGUUGAACGUCCUGCUGGUCUUGGUUCAUCACUUCGGUCACUGAGACCAGCUCCCCGACCAAACCAACCCAAUCUUUUUAAUCCAUCUAGUCUUCAGAAUAGUGGAGAAUCUGAGAACAACUUGAGUGAAGAAGAGAAGAAGAAACUGGAGAAACUACAGCAGAUUAGGGUCAAGUUUCUGAGGCUUAUUCACAGGUUGGGGCUUUCUUCUGAUGAAUCCAUAGCUGCACAAGUUUUGUACCGGAUGGCACUUAUUGCACGAAGGCAAAACAGUCCACUUUUUAACAUGGAGGCUGCCAAGAUGACGGCUCUCCAGCUUGAAGCAGAGGGGAAAGAUGAUUUGGACUUCUCUGUGAAUAUCCUGGUUAUUGGAAAAUCUGGGGUGGGUAAGAGUGCUACCAUAAACUCAAUCUUUGGAGAGGAAAAAACAUCAAUUGAUGCCUUUGGACCUUCUACCACCAGUGUGAAAGAGAUUAGUGGUGUUGUAGAUGGUGUUAAGAUUCGGGUAUUUGAUACACCUGGUCUCAAAUCCUCUGUGAUGGAACAGGGUUUCAAUCGCAAUGUCUUGUCUUCAGUAAAGAAGUUUACUAAGAAGAAUCCCCCUGAUAUUUUCCUCUAUGUUGAUCGGCUAGAUGCCCAAACUAGAGAUCUCAAUGAUCUUCCUAUGCUGAAGACUAUCACAAGUUGUCUUGGCCCUUCAAUAUGGCGAAGUGCGAUAGUCACCCUCACACAUGGAGCUUCUGCACCUCCAGAUGGACCUUCUGGAUCCCCUUUAAGUUUUGAUGUGUUUGUGACUCAAAGAUCUCAUAUUGUUCAGCAGUCUAUCGGGCAAGCAGUAGGCGAUUUACGAAUGAUGAGUCCAAGUUUGAUGAAUCCUGUCUCUCUGGUAGAAAAUCAUCCAUCUUGUAGGAAGAAUAGGGAAGGACAGAAGAUACUACCUAAUGGCCAGAGCUGGAGGCCUCAAUUACUGCUAUUAAGCUACUCAAUGAAGAUAUUAUCUGAAGCAAAUGCACUUUCGAAGCCUGAAGAUCCAUUCGAUCACCGUAAGCUCUUUGGUUUCCGCACACGCUCACCACCUCUUCCCUACAUGCUUUCCUCAAUGUUGCAGUCACGCGCGCAUCCAAAGCUUUCUGCUGAGCAAGGUGGUGAUAAUGGUGAUUCAGACAUCGAUUUGGAUGAUUUGUCUGACUCUGACCAAGAAGAAGAAGAUGAGUACGACCAGCUUCCUCCCUUUAAGCCUCUUCGGAAGGCUCAGCUUGCUAAGCUCAGCAAAGAACAGAGGAAGGCAUAUUUUGAGGAGUAUGAUUAUAGGGUCAAGCUCCUUCAGAAGAAACAGGUUAGAGAAGAGUUAAGAAGAAUGAAAGAAAUGAAAAGUAAUAAGGGAAAAGAGGCGGCAAUCGAGUAUGGUUAUGCAGAGGAAGAAGCUGAUGGAGGCGCAGCAGCUCCUGUAGCAGUUCCCCUACCGGACAUGGUCCUCCCACCUUCUUUUGACAGCGAUAAUCCCGCUUACAGGUACCGCUUUUUGGAGCCCACAUCGCAGUUCCUUGCAAGGCCUGUUCUGGACACGCAUGGUUGGGAUCAUGAUUGUGGCUAUGAUGGUGUUAAUGUGGAACAGAGUUUAGCCAUUGCAACUCGUUUCCCUGCUGCAGUUACUGUGCAAGUCACCAAAGAUAAGAAGGAUUUCAGUAUCAAUUUGGACUCUUCUGUUUCUGCUAAGCACGGAGAUAAUGGAUCAACCAUGGCUGGAUUUGAUAUUCAAAGCAUCGGAAAACAACUCGCCUAUAUUGUCCGAGGAGAAACCAAAUUCAAAAACUUGAAGAAGAACAAGACUGCUGCCGGAAUUUCUGUUACCUUUUUGGGUGAAAAUGUGGUUACUGGACUUAAAGUUGAAGAUCAAAUCAUCUUAGGCAAGCAAUACGUUCUAGUUGGCAGCGCUGGCACUGUUCGAUCUCAGAGUGACACGGCUUAUGGUGCGAACUUUGAAGUGCAGAGGAGGGAGGCAGAUUUUCCCAUUGGUCAGGUGCAAUCUACGUUGUCUUUGUCUGUUAUAAAGUGGAGAGGUGAUUUGGCUCUAGGGUUCAACAGUAUGGCGCAAUUCGCAGUGGGACGUAAUUCGAAGGUAGCUGUUCGAGCAGGUAUCAAUAACAAGAUGAGUGGGCAAGUAACUGUGAGAACAAGCAGUUCAGACCAGCUGUCUCUUGCACUUACUGCUAUUAUUCCAACUGCAAUUGCUAUCUACAGGAAGCUUUGGCCUGAUGCUGGCGAGAAGUACUCAAUUUACUAAAUUUCAUUUUCAUAUCAGCAUUGCAUUUUUGGUUCAUUAGACUUUAUGAUGGCAUGUUAUCUUGUCAUUUUAUUGAAUAAUGCUUUAUGUUAUUUUCCCUUCUAUCUAGGAUUGAAUGUACUUUUUGCCAGAUGAAAUCAAGAGGUUGUUGUUGCUUAAAUGCUUAGUGCAAUAUAUUGAACAACUGUUUGAAUUUU